UCCUCCAUCCAUUCCUCUAUAGCACACCUGUGGAAAACUUGCUCCAUGGCUGCUUGGAGGUCUUGCAGCACAGCAUUCCACUUGGAGAGGAGACUGAGCAGAAAUGAGAAGAAACAAUGACAUUUGCAGCGCCAGGAAGGGCAGAGUCCCGCAGGAUCCCCGGGGAAGGUGGCUGAAGGCAGCGAUCCUCCUCCUCCUCCUCUUCGCCGCGGCCGGCGGCGGCUUCGUGAUCUGGAGCCGGCUCCCAACCCAAGAUGGGAUCCCCGAGGGUGCAAUCCCUGAAGAUGGGGUCACCGAGGUGCUGGCACAUCACAACGACAACCUACGGGACAAGUUCGUGGAGAUCCCCUGCUCGGAGGACUACGACAGCCACAAGCGAUUUGCAGGUUGCACUCCUAGGAAGUGUGGAAGAGGUGUGACAGAUGCUGUAAUCACAAGGGAAGAAGCUGAAAGAAUUCGUAGAAUAGCAGAGAGGGGACUGUCCUUGGGAGGAUCUGAUGGAGGGGUGAGCAGUGUCCUGUUACUUUCUACAUUCUUUUACUGCCAAGGCAAGAUUAUAAAUGCAUUUUUUGGGGCUGAGGCAUCAAUUUUGGACUUGCACUCUGGAGCUCUUUCCCUGGGGAAGCAUUUUGUUAAUCUGUACAGGUACUUUGGGGACAAAAUUCAAGACAUCUUCACAGAAGAGGAUUUUGCAUUAUACCGGGAUGUGAGGCAGAGGAUUCAGCAAAGGAUUGCUCAGGUGUUUGGUAUCAGCUCUUCUGCCAUGUACCUGACCAAGCCAACAUUCUUCUCCAGGAUGAACAGCACAGGAGCCAAGACAACACACGAUGAGUACUGGCACCCACACGUGGACAAGGUGACUUAUGGCUCUUUUGACUACACUUCCCUGCUCUAUCUCUCUGACUACUCCAAGGACUUUGGGGGUGGACGGUUCGUGUUCAUGGAUGCAGAUUCCAACAAGACAGUGGAGCCCCGAGCAGGCAGGGUGGCGUUUUUCACCUCUGGCUCCGAGAACCUGCACCGGGUGGAGAAGGUUCAGUGGGGCACUCGCUUUGCCGUCACCAUCUCGUUCAGCUGCGACCCCGAGCACGGCAUCAGGGACCCGUUCCUGGGCUGAGCCUGCCCGUGCCUGCCAGCUCAGGGGAAGGAGAAGCCCUGCAGGAGGAGAGGAGAAAGGGAGAUGCCAUCUCUUGUAACCUCACCUGCAUUAGAAGUGCCCAGCUGUGGGAACACUGUCACACACUUUGUUUGCACAUCUCCUUUUCCAUAAACAUUGCAAAUGGACCAUCUUAAAUUUGAUGCAUUCUGAAAAUGAUUUGCCUUCAUGUGCUACAUGAGAGAGGCUACAAAGAAGAGACAAUGGGCUCCACAAAGAAGAGAAAGUGAGCUUUUCAUUUUUUUAUUAUAUUUUUUUAAAUUCUUCAGUUUGAAAGACACAAACAAUCUUCUGGGCCAUGCCAUGAUCUGACUCCCCAGGCUGCUGUUACCUGUUCAGUUCUUUAGUCCCCUCAGGUACUAAUGGGGUGUAGAAAGUCUGACCCAAGUUAUUUGGGCCAGGUGAGUGUUACUCUCCAGAACACACCUGCUGAGAGGGAUGGAUUCUUCUGAGUGUGGGACCUGUGGGGAAUACACCUGAGUUUGGCUACUGGGACUUGAACUUUUUAAAAAUUUGAUUACUGCUGAUUCAAUAUUCAGGAAGUCCCUCAAUAGCUUUUUUUGGACUUCUCUUUUCCAGUUUAGUGUGGAGACUUUUUCUCUUAAUGAGGACCACUAGUGUUCCCUGAAUGUUAAAUUGCAGGGACUUCCAGGAGUAGCUGUGUGCACUGUAACAACCACAUUGCCAAAUACUUUGGGUUUUUUACUGCAGUCAAAGAUUUCUCUGGGUCAGGAGGUUGAUAAAUAAAUAAUUUUUUUUUCUUAAUCAAAUUCUGAAAUAACCACAUUGAUCUGGUUUAUUACCUGGAUGUAUAAUUUCUGUGAAACUGAAAAUCUGGGAAUGUGCUUUGAUUUUUUUUUUUUAAUUUUAUGCCUACAGUUUGGACUUUAUAACAUACCCUUUUAUGGAAAUAAUAAGUACUGGGGGGAAUGACACUGAAGAUCAAUAUAAAGGGGAAUGAUAAGAGGACACUUGGACUUCUGAGGGCUCUCAUUGGGCACACCAAGAUUAGUCCUCUGUAAUUUCAUUUCUUUGUUCUGAAACUUGAAAAAGUUUUCCUUGUCUGUACCAACAGGGGAGGAUUGUUAAAAUGGCUGGAUGCAAGGAAAUAAUAAAGCCACUUGGGUUCCAUAUUGA